AUGGCGGAGCGCGCCGAGCGCCGGCCGCGCCGCGGGCCCGCGCCCAUCGCGUCCUUCGACCACGACUACUCGGACGACGUGAGCGCCGCGCCGCGCGCGCCGCCCGCGCCCUCGCCCGCCCCGCCCUCGCCCGCGCCCUCGCCCUCGCCCGCCCCGCCCUCGCAGCCCAGUCCGGAGAGCGGCCUGGCGCCGCCCGCCGCGCCGCGCAUCGACAUCUCGCGCGCCUCCAGCUCCAGCCACCACGACUCGCGCGACUCCUCGCCCGAGCUGGCGCUGCUCGCGGCCGACGGCGCGCCCGGCGGCUUCCGCGAGGACGGCGCGCUCGAGCUGCGCGCCUCCACCGAGGAGCUGGCCUUCCUGGAGCCCGCGCCCGAGCCGCGCGCCGGCCCGCCCCGCCGGCGCCGCGACAGCCAGGGCUCCGAGGCGGCGCUGCUGGGCGUGUCGGGCCGCACCAGCCGCCUGUCCAGCGUGGGCUCGCAGUGCUCGGCGGUGUCGGCGCUGUCGGGCCUGAGCCGCGCCUCGCACCUGUCGGCGCUGUCGGGCGCGUCGCGCUCGCCCUCGCCGCACCGCAUGCUGCUGGAGACGUCGUUCUGCGGGCCCAAGCCUAUCGACACCGACCCCGAGCUGUGCGCCGCCGCCGUGGAGCGGCGCCUGCUGCGGAGCGCGCAGCCGGGGCCCGCGCACCCGACGGCGUCGACGCCCGCGGCUGCGCCCGCACCCGCGACCGCGGCGCCCGCCUCGGCGCCGGCGCCCACGCUCGCACCGGCGCCCACGCCAGACGCGCGCGACCGGCGCGAGGUGCGCACGCGCGUCACGCUCGAGAACGCGCGCCCAGCCAGCGCGCCGCGAAUCCUCGCUCCCGCUUCCGCCUCCGCGCCCGCCUCCGCGCCCGCCUCCGCACCCGCCUCCGCACCCGCGCCCGCCUGCGCCGCGCUCGACGACGACAAGCAGCUGAAGGAGACGCGCAACCGUGCCACGGUGCAGCAACGGCGAGCGCGCUCGCGGGAACGCGAGGAGCCCGAGGUGCGCCGGCCGGACAACCAGACCAAGGACAUCAUUAGGAUAAGGCUCAAGCCCGACGACGAGUACGACCCCGACGACGAAGACGCCGGUCCUAGCGCGCCGCCCGGCCCCGAGCCGGCGCGCAAGCCGGGCUCUCUGCAGCUGGGCCUGCCCGUGAGCCCGCAGGCGCCGCGCCGGCCGCGCGACAGCCGCACGCCGUCCCCCAGCGGCGCGCCGGUGUCCCGGAAAUCUUCCUUCUGCUCCCUGUUCAAGUCCCGCGAGACCAUCGCGUCGCCCGACUCCCCGUCCGACGCCCUGCGCCGCAAGAAGAGUCUCAACGAGGGCCGCUCGAGAAGCAAGAGCCGGGACCGCUCGGCCACGCCCACUUCCGCGGGGAAAAUCAAAGGCUCCGUGCUGUCCCUCUUCAAGACGCCGCGGAAGAGCAUCGCCUCGCCGUCGCCGGGCUCGCGCGACGCGUCGCCGGGCGUGCAGCCGCGCCCGUUCCCGCAGCCGCCGCCCGACCGCCGGCGCGCGGAGAAGCUGAAGUACUACGAGGAGGCCGCGAGCGGCAUCAUACACAUCCCUCUGCGCACGCCGCCCGACGAGCUCGACCGGCCCGACUCCCCGCCCGAGCGCGCGCGCCCCGCCUCGGCGCCGCAGCCGCGCAGCGCGCCCGCCGCCCCGGCCUCCGCCGCCGCCCCGGCACCCGCGCCCCCGCGGCGCACCGUGCUGCCCGACGGCAGCAUCAUCAUCCCGCUGCACUCGCCCACGGAGAAGACCACCGGCACGAGCGUUCCGUCCACCUCCAGGAGUGAACCCGCUGCAACGUUUGAGCAGACGCCGGAGUCGGAGAGCGAGCUUCCCUCGGGCGGGCCCGAGCCGGACGUCCGCCCCUCCUCCCCGGAACCCGACGCGAGCGCCCACGGCGUCGCGGAGCCCGCCCCGGAUCCCGCGCCGGAACGCUCGCCGCCCGCGGACCCGGUGGCGGAGCCCGCGCGCAGGAAGGAGAGGAUCCUGUUCACGACGCACGUGGGGAGCAAGGAGCAGGUGUUCUGCACGCAGUUCAGCAUCACCAAAACGCCCAGCGUUACCAGCGAAAUAUCGGAGUCGAUUCCAAGUUUCCCGGAGAGCGAGGAGGUCCGGCCGAGCGAGCCGCCUCGGCCGGGCUCGGCGCGCUCCGGUAGUGCCAGCCCGCCGGGCUCGGCGCGCGAUUCGUCCGGCUCGGAGGCGGGCUCGGACGCAACGCGAGGUGGCAGCGAGGCGGAGCGGCGCGGGCUGGUGGUGCAGGAGUCAUUCGAGGAGCUGCCCUACGUUCCCACCACUCUACCACUGGAGCGCUCGCUGGCGCUGCCCAUGGUGCCGGUGCGCGAACGCGGCGGCGUGGCCGUGGCCGCGCUCCAGCGCCCGCGCGCCGCACGCUGCCCGGCGCCGCUGCGCUCGCCCGCGCUGCCCGCGCCGCCCGCGCUGCCCGCGCCCUCGCUGCCGGCGCCCGGCGCGCCCGACGCCGCGCGGCUGCACAUCCGCCUGCCGCGGAGGGCGCGCGCCGCGUCCAGCGACAGCGCGGCGCCGCCCCCGCGGGCCGAGCGCGCGCGCUCGCGCAGCGGCGGCGACGGUGAGUGUCCGGCGCCGGGCGCGCGCGCGCCGGGCGCCUGGGUCGACUUCUCGGAGGUGCCGGAGCGGCGCAAGCAGGCCAAGCGCAUCCAGACGCUGCCGGCGGCGCGCGACGCGGUGCUGGUGAGCUACGUGCCGCCCGAGCGCUGCCGCUGCGAGUGCCACGCGCACGCCGCGCCGCCCGACGACGAGCUGCCGCUGCUGAGCGCGGCGGGCGCGGCGGCCGAGCCCGAGCCGGAGCCGCGCCACAACCACGCGGAGCCGACGCUGCAGAAAAGUGUGCGAGUUGAGCUGACAGGCGGCAUCAUGAUGGCAGUUGCUGGUGUGGAGCGGGGAGGCUGCCGCGGCGCCGGGCCGGCCGCGCUGACGCCGCCCGCCCCCCCUCGCCGCGCCCGCCGACUUCCAACUUGA